AUGAAGUCACGUAGUUUGCUGCUGCUCGGGCUUUUCCACGUGGUAUCUGCAUCCGAUUACCUUAGCUCCUUCAUUGUGGGCGGCCAAAAUGCCGUGGAAGGUGAGGCGCCUUAUCAAGUUUCGCUGCAAACUCUACCGGGCCGCCACCUCUGUGGAGGAGCCAUUAUUGGGGACCGGUGGAUACUAACUGCGGGUCAUUGUGUGAGUGGCUGGCCAUCAGAUCGGCUGCGCGUAGUAAGCGGCACGUUGCGCUACCCUCAGCCGGGUGCGAUUCACUAUCUUGGGGGAAUAUUCCUGCACUGCAACUAUGAUAAGCCCAAGUUCCACAAUGAUAUUGCCUUACUGCAAUUGAAUGCGAGCAUCAUUUACAACCCCCAGACGCAGUCUGUGCCACUGACAGCUUCUCUAAUAAAGGGCGCGGAGCUCGUCUUCACCGGCUGGGGCUCACAGUCAAUCGCUAGCGAUCCACCUACUCAGCUCCAACGGGUGCAGCAGCAACACAUCUCAAGAGAGCAGUGUGAUGCUCUUUUAGCAGACCAGCAAGACAUAGAUCUCGGAGCCGGACAUCUAUGUGCCUAUCGGCGUCUCAACAUUGGCGCCUGCCACGGUGACGAUGGCGGACCUUUAGUAGUAGACGGUAGCCUCGCCGGCAUACUAAGCUACUAUGUACCCUGUGCUCAGGCUGUACCGGAUGUCUUCAUGGACGUGCGUUACUACCACGACUGGCUCAGACAGGUGAUCAGUGGGCAGGGCAGGUGUGCUCAAGUCCAGGAACAGAUCAUUAGUUAGCCAAUGAUCAAAAAUAUAUUUACGUUUGUCAUCAUCAACGUCCCAUGAAUAUGGUUCGUAACGCCGCGUUUUAAUUUACUAGCCGAUAUGUAGUAUAGACACACCUGAGUAAUGUAACUGAUAUAGUAUCCAAUUAGUUUAAUACGUAAGUAGCCCGCCAAUACCUAAUUCGAAAGCUAAUUAAAUGAAAUAUUUAUAAAUAAAAUAAACU